AUGAUGAGGGAAAAUGCAAGUUCUGAAGGCUACUUCGUUCUACUGGGUUUUUCCAAGUGGCCUCAUCUGGAAGGAGUUCUCUCUGUGGUUCUCUUGAUGUUCUACUUGAUGACAUUGAUAGGCAACCUGUUUAUCACUAUCUUGUCAUACCUGGACGCCCAUCUCCACACUCCCAUGUACUUCUUCCUCUCAAACCUCUCCUUUCUGGAUCUCUGCUACACCACCAGCUCCAUCCCUCAGAUGCUGGUCAACCUCUGGGGCCCAGAAAAGACCAUCUCCUACACCGGUUGCAUGAUUCAACUUUACUUUGUCCUUGCACUGGGAACCACAGAGUGUGUCCUCCUGGUGGUGAUGUCCUAUGACCGUUAUGCAGCUGUCUGUAGACCCUUGCAUUAUGCUGUCCUCAUGAACCCUCGUUUCUGCCACCUGUUGGCUGUGGCUUCCUGGGUCAGUGGCUUCACCACCUCAGCGCUUCAUUCUUCCUUUACCUUCUGGGUACCCCUAUGUGGACAUCGCCGAGUGGACCAUUUCUUCUGUGAAGUCCCAGCACUGCUGCGAUUACCGUGUGUUGAUACCCGUGUUAUUGAGCUGACCCUCCUGAUCACGAGCUCCAUUUCUGUUCUCAUACUCACCCUCCUUCUCAGCUCAUAUGCUGCCAUUGCCCGGGCUGUGCUGAGGAUGCAGUCAACAGCCGGACUUCAGAGAGCCUUUGGGACAUGUGGAGCCCAUCUUACGGUUGUGUCCCUCUUUUUCAUUCCAGUCGUCUGCAUAUAUCUGCAGCCACCAUCAGGAAAGUCUCAAGAUCAAGGCAAGUUCAUUGCCCUCUUUUAUACUGUUGUCACACCUAGCCUCAACCCUCUAAUCUACACUCUGAGAAACAAAGAUGUAAGAGGGGCAGUAAGGAGACUCGUAGGGCGGGAGAGGGAGAUGUGA